AUGAUCACUGGGUACAAGAAGAAGAAACUUGGACAGCCUUCGGAGAAGCUCUCAGGCGACGUUCCCUGGGCGGGUUGGUGCGCUGUGAUGUUUUUGGAGAUCAUCUUCCCCACCAUUAUGGCCGUCCCGAUGGUGGUUGCCUACCUCUUUGUCAAGUCUUACCCAGUUGACGCGAGAAAAGAGCCACCAAACGCUCUUCUUCAUAUCGCGAUUGUGUCCAUCGGACCAAUUUUGUGGAAUGCGGCUAUCCUCUUCUUACUAUUCCUGGUAUCCUUGACACUGCUGGACACGCCCUACCCGAAGUUCGGUUCAUUCAUGGCCCUCCUUGCUCACUCAUUGGGUGUCAUCGGCGUGAUUGGUUUCUUUGAGUGCCUGUGGUUCCUUGAUCUAGUUAUGUCCUUCAAAACAAAUUCGUGCACCUCUAUAUUGGUGCAGCAGAACCUGUGCCCGUAUUCUCACUCCCCGCUGCCCAACUUGGAGAUUUUGGGGCUUGGCGUUCAAGCAUGGCAUCGCGACGGUCCCAGAUGCAGGGACUCGGGGGAAAUCAAUGCGGACGGCGGUUAA